CAGAUAUAUGGGCAUAGGAUUGUCCACAGAGGAGUUUGGAAAUAAUAUGAGCAAACUGCCAGGCUGGGACAAGCACUCUUAUGGUUACCACGGCGACAACGGACAUACAUUCAACUCUGCAGGGAACGGACAACCUUACGGUCCAACGUUUACAACGGGUGACGUUGUAGGAUGCGGAGUGAAUCUUGUGGACAACACUUGUUUUUACACGAAAAAUGGUGUGCACCUAGGCAUUGCAUUCACAGAUCUGCCUAGCAACUUGUAUCCAACCGUAGGCCUUCAGACGCCUGGUGAAAUCGUUGAUACAAACUUUGGUCAGAGCCCAUUUGUGUUCAAUAUAGAAGACCUCAUGCAGCAGGAAAUGAGGAUGAAGACUAAAACAACAAUAGAGAAUUAUCCAGUACCAGAUGACCAAGGAGAAUGGCAAUCAGUGCUACACAGAAUUGUGUCGACGUAUUUAGUUCACCAUGGUUACAGUCAAACAGCCGAGAGCUUUGCUCGGAGCACAAGGCAAACAAUAGCUGAAGAAGUCAUGUCAAUUAAAAACAGGCAAAAACUUCAAAGAUUAGUAUUAGCAGGUUGCAUGGGUGAAGCAAUAGCUACAACACAGAGACUCUAUCCAAAUUUACUACAACAAAACCCCAAUCUGGAAUUCAUGCUCAAAUGCCGCCAGUUUGUGGAGAUUGUGAGUGGGACAGAGAGCGAGAUACGGCCUCCCCGCAGCGAGCCACGUAGCUCGCGGUCAUCACGGUCGAGUAGUAGACAUGCAAGUCCGGCCAUGAGCCCUCAUCGUGAUAGCGCCGCUCCUUCCUCAUCCUCCCCUCAUCUCAGUAUAUCAUCACCGUUAGCUACGGACCCUCUACAAAUGCAUCAUUCAGGAAUACCAGGAGGUAGCACAAGUAGUAGUAGUAGUAGUAGCACCGGCGGCAGGCAUGGGAGUAGUCUCCUCAACACUUCCAAACCUAUAUCACCAAAGAGUCCUAAGAACUUACAACAGCAACAUCAGCAACAGCAACAUCAGCAGCAACAGCAAGAUGGACUGACCACAAACACUGCAAUGACCUCAACCAUGAACGCCCUCAACCUCACCACGAACGGUAGUGUCAUGAACGGUUCCUCAAGGAUAAUAAACCCGGAGUCAGAUAUAGACAUGGAUGUAGACUGCCAUGAAACCAAUGGUGUUCACACUAAUGGAAAUAGUAGUAAUGGACAUGCUGUGACAAAUGGCAAGGCAUUAUCAUCAUCAUCAGUCAAUGGUGUGUGCCCACCCACAGAAGAUAUGGAAACAGAUGAACUAGAAGGUACAUCGUUACCACCCGUCCGUCAGCUCUGUGGAGGGAGCCAUUCAGCAAUUGAACAUAUGCUCAAAUUUGGUCGGGAACUUCAGUGCUUCUACGACAAAAUCACCAGGGAGAACGGCAAGAACGAAACCAAUGCCAAUGCUUUACGGGAGGCAUUUAGUUUGUUAGCCUAUGCAGACCCAUGGAAUAGUGAAAAAGGGUACCAGCUAGAUCCAUUAUUACGAGAACCAGUCUGUGCCGCAUUAAAUAGUGCCAUAUUAGAAUCACAGAACAUGCCCAAGCACCCGCCUCUGGAGCUUGCCCUAUGUCAUGUGACCGAGACCAUGAAACUCAUGUCCAAGUACGGAGCAGGGUCAUGUGCUUUCUCAGGAGUAGACCACUAUCUAAACUAACGCUGGCCUUCCAUCCCCCUCCCCUACCCCUCCCUUCUCUCCCCCCCUCCAAUCCUCUCCCGUGUAUCCAUGCCCUUCUAUAUAUUGGAAGCAUGCUGCUCUUUCCUAUGUGUAUGAUCAUCAGAGUCUCCACACAUACACGUGGAGACCGAGGUCUUGCACGCCCACCCCCCCUCUUUCUCAGAGAAUGUUCCUCUCUUGUAUGCAAUAGUCCCAGUUAAAAUGAUUAUUUAUCAAUAAAUUCUGAUCAUAUAUUCAUUGAUAUCUCAAGAGCUGGACUCUGCAAUUUGUUUGGAAUCAUGAUUGUAAAAUGUCUGAGACUUUCUUCCAUAUAUAUGCAAGCUAUCUGAUUAAUUUAGUGUGAAAGUUUUGGGAAGAGACCCCACGGCAACUUAAUCAAAUUUGGCGUUUUUAUUCAAUCCCCUUAAGUAUAUUUACCUUCCAUUGUAUGAACGUUGUAUUUAAGUAAUUUCUUUCAUUGUUCAUAGCAGUUUUUUUUCCUCAUAUUAUGUCUUGGCCCAAGCAACAAAUUGUUAUUUAACAUUCAUUCCAGUGUAUGUAAUCCCGAUUCACGCCCUGUAUUGUAUGUUUAAACGGAACCUCUUUUGUCCCUUUACAACCCUCCUCCUUUCCUAUGUCCAACCCCCGUCCCUUGUGAUUCCACCAACAGUCCUGCCUGUUUCCAUCGCGAGUGCUGCCUCAUUCAAAAACUCUGUGCAGAUUGACUUAAUAUGUAAGAUCAUUCAAUGACACGAUUAUGCUGCCUCUGUUCAUGAAGUACUCUGACAUAGACGAUUCACUGGGAGCCGAGAUGAACGCAUCCAAACGUGUAUCUCUCUGUAUUACUGAACGUGACAUUACCCGCUGAUGUAGUCAUCAUGCAUUUUCAUCCGGACCUUGAGAUCAAUGCAUGGCUCUUCUUAAGAAAGGAGGAUCAUCUUCAAUGGAUAGGAUGCGCUCUGUUCUUCAGCCACCAUCUCGUCUCUUGCUUGAGAUAUGAUCACUUCAUCUCAUGGAAAGAAAGAGAUACCAUGCUAUAAGGGACAUCCACCUGACCAAUCCUGGUGCUGCUUGAUCAACUACUCAUCUCAUCCAGUCAGUUAAGAGAAACAUGAUUUAACCUACCAAGAUGUGACCAGACAAGGGUCUUGUUUCAUGAGACAAAUACCGAAAUUAUGUGACAAAUUUGCUCUUUGCCAGUAGAAUUAAUGGAUAACUGAAUCUUUUAUACCUGUUAGUAAGAACAAGUUUCAUGAAUCAGGUCCCUAAGGAGCAGUUGUUCACAGUUAUUAAGAAUUACUGAAACCGAUUGGCCGAGAGCAAAUUUAUCGAUGAAAAUCACUUGCAAAGCACUUCAUGAAACCGUCCCUGGUCUUGACCUUAUGGAUUGAUUCUGACCUGGAGAGUACAGGGCGCUUAUCUCAACUGUAUCUUGUCUAGAAAGCGUAAUUGGUAGGGAUUUACUGUGUCCGGCUAUUGUGCAUUGAAUGUGCUCUCUCAUGACUGAUGGAGAACACGGUUCUGUACAAUUGCCUUGUGGAUACGUGUAGGCCAUCUACCUUGCAGUUGUCUCUGGAUUUACAAGAAUAUGUCCAAACAGAGCACACACUAAGACAGAUGUUUCAACUUCACAUGUUACCAAAUUUGACAGUCAACAAAUUUCCAUAGAAAUAAAGUGGAAAUUGUCUAAUUAGUCAUUGCAUAUAUUCUAUCAUGAGAGACGAAAACAAUCGAUGAGAAACCGGUGAGUCUGGUAAAAAGACUAGGUUGACAGACUUUGUGAGGAGAAUACUGGGGAAGGUUGCUGUGUAAAGUGAUACAAUGUACAUGUAUCGUCAUGUGAAAACUAUUACUCAAAUACUGUGCUUUUUUACUCUCCUGCCCAUCAUGACAUUUGUAUUGCUAUUAUUCUCUGUGUUUGAUUGUGUUGUCUCAGUAAUCUUUUCAUAAGCCCCGUUUCAGGACAUUUCCCCUAGAUUAAAGGACUCUUUAUUGUAUUAGCCAUGCCAUAAAAUUAAUUAAUGACUGGAACCAAAUUAGCCAUCAUACCAAGUUCAGUUGAUUGAAAGCCUGUGUACAAUUUACCUAUAAAAUGAUCAUGACUAAAAUCACGAAAUUUGACUUAAUACUUAUCCUCUAGACAUGUGAUGUUCAGUUUUACUAAAACUCCUUGUUAUUUUUUUUGUAUCAUUUAUUUUUUUAGUCAUAUUUUAUGUAGGCAUUAUUUGCGUAGGAUUAUGUCUAGAGUCAGGGGUUCAUUUUUUUUUCUCUCUUUUAUAUUAUAUCUUUAUUGGAUAUUCCAUUGCAAUCAGGGAAUUUAUUUUAUUUAUAUCAGGAAAAUUGAAAUUAUGCUGUACAGGAACCAUAUUUAUUUCUUGUUUCUUAAUUCAAUGUCUCAACAAUAUUGCAUCAUGAUUGAUUUUCUGAAACACCCAUCUGUAAGUACAAAUUGAAUAGAAUAAUCAGAAGUAUCUGGAGAGAAAUGAUGUUCAUAGUGCGAAAUAACCAACACCCAUGCUAAUGUCACAUCCUUACGUUAGUUUGUGUGUUGCUUUGUAUUUCUAGAACACAGACUUUAGAGGCCCUACAUAAAAAACUGUGAUUAAACAUGUUCACCAUGGCCUGGGCCCCGUCUUACGAAGAGUUGCGAUUGAUCUGAUCAAUCGCAACUAUGGAAAGCCAGCAAUGUCAACAUCUAAAAUACAUGUUUGUUCAAAAUAUUUUCUAGAAAUGAUGUAUAUUCAUACAUUCACUGUUUUUCUGGACAAUUCAGUAUGCUUCUGUUUUCAAAGGACAUCGAGCGAAUUUCCUGAAGAAAAAAUUAUGACAUUGAUGGAUUUCCAUAUACUUGAGGUUGAUCGGAUUAAUUGUACCUCUUUGUAAGACGGGGCCCUGAUUUCACAAAGGUGGUUUCCAUUAUAUCAUCGUACAAAACCAUGGGUGAUUCAGAUUUCUUGAAUGAUCACACUUUCAAGCAUGAAUUAUAAUGCGCCUUUUAUGGAGGGCGUGCAUUUAUUCUGUACCAUGGUACAAUUGGAACCUCCUUUGUGGAUUUGGGCUUAUGUGUGCAUGGGCCUGUGCUGGUUGCUUGUUUUGAUUUUUAAACGACCCACAAGCAAGCACAAUUUUCCAUGCUUGAGUCCAUUCUUAUUGCAAUUUUUCUUGCACACUUGGAAGCAGCUAGAAACGUUGGAUAGCUGCUACCUAGACUCACUACAUUGUGAGCCCAAUUUGUACCAUGCGUCAUUGCUUGUAAAGGUGGCAUAUGCUAACUGUUUAUGAGCGAGAUGAUAUUCCAUGUAUGACUGCUUCUAUCAUGUUCCUUAAAUUGCUGGAUAGAACUGUAAAAUGGUAACACGGCAACUUGCAGCAUGAUUUGCAAAGGUGCAUCAUUGUCAACUGUAGUAGAAAACCAGUUAUGUACGUGCUGAUUCAUAGUAGCAAGUUUCAUUGACCCUGACAGACAAGCAUGAAGUGCAAUUGCAUUGUGACUGCUCACAUAAUGAGUCAUGCUCAAGUUUAGUGGUACUCAAAAAGUUUUAGAGCAACAAUGAUCCCUAUGAUGAUCAGUUGUUGGUGCUUGCAGCAUUUCAGGAGUUUGUAUUUAUAAUGCACCCAUUAAAAACAUUUUUAGGAGGGUUGUUACAUGGAGAUUUAUGUUUUUCCAAAGGAGAUUUCCACCACAGACUUGAACCAAGACCCCUGUGAUCCAGCAGGGUUCCCACAGUCAUCCUGGAAAAAUUUGUGGUCAUGGAAAGUUAGGGAAAAGUCAGAAUUUUGAAUCGUGUCAUGGAAUUGUGUUCAAGAUACUUUUGAAUUUUGGGUGUUGGUGAAACGAAAAUGGUACCCUGGGCCCCGUAACACAAAGCUUAGCGAUAAAUAGCAAUUAUGAAAGAACAUUUCUGAUUGGUUCCUGGUCAGUAUUUUGCGCCAAAUGCGUGUGUAAACUUGAUCUUGAUUGGUCAGUUCAUUUAGCGAUUGAUCGCCAAUCUUUGUGUUACGGAGCCCUGGUCAGAAACAACCCAUAUACUAAUGAUAAUAGAUGUACAUGUCAUGAGUAAGAUAGUGGGUGGAACGGAUGGCCGUGAGGGGAGGUGGAGGCCAUCAUAACGUGUCUGAUUUUGGAAACCGUGCCAGAAAGGAAGUCAUGGAAAGCAGCAAUGUAGUCAUGGAAAAGUCAUGGAAUUCUGUUUUCAAAUUUCUGUGGGAACCCUGUCCAGAGUUCAAGACGUAAUCCACCAGACCAUGACAUCUCUUCACAUGAAAUCCAACUAUUACGCAAAAUGGAGAUAAACCUUUUACUAGAACUUCAUGUGCUCUCUUCUCAGAUUGCCUUCUUUCAUCUGUCCCGUCUUUUAGAAUGCACAGAAUACUCGGCAUAUUGUUGAAAUCUGGAGUGUAAUGUGUUUGCAAGGUUCUGUACAUUGAAGAAGUGUGUGUAUGUGGGGAUGGCCACAUUAUCAUGUGUUAUAGAGCAGUAUUUUUCUCAAUUUCUUGUAUAGAUUCAUGUUUGAAAGUGAUGAAAUUAUGAAAAAAAAAUUCAUGCAACCACUUGUGAUGCUACAUUGAAGUGAAAACUAUUAUAAAAAAAUAUGUAUUGUUAUAUUAUUAUAAUUAUUAUUACUAUUCACUAUCACUUGAAAUCUGAUUUCUUAGUUUCUCUAAGUCAGGGUUUUAUAGCAAACCAAAUGAGUUUUCUUAUUUUUCUGUAUGCACCCAUGAUGAAAAUAUAGUGAAAUGAAAAUA